AUGGCCGCCGAAGCAGAGCUAAUGUUCGAUGAUAUCGCAAAAAACUACGAAGCAACCUUUGCUGAAGACCCCAGCUUGCACCAAGUGAUUGACCAAGUCCUGAGCCUUCUCAAACCAGAGUCUCAAGUCCUCGAUGUAGGAUGUGGAACAGGAAAGCCAGUAUCCCAUCGGCUCGCUCAGGCUGGCCACCAUGUCACCGGAAUCGACAUCGCCCAGAACAUGCUUGAUAUUGCCACCAACCAGGUAAAAGCGCAGUUUGUCAAGUCUGACAUGACCCAGUACGAGCCAGCGAAACGCUUCGACGUUAUAUUCGCCAUCUUCUCGCUGUUUAACAUGUCGCGAGCCCAGGCGCAAUCUAUGGUGGCUAAGUUCCACGACUGGCUGAACCCACACGGUCGACUUGUUCUGGCUACUAUCCCCAGCGAGUGCCUAUUUCAGGACCCGAGUGCCUAUGACGAGUCCGGGGAAUGGGCUGACAAGAAAUCGAUGUAUUUUAUGGGACAUAAUUUCUACGGGUCCGCAGCGACAAAGAGCGGUUGGAUGAACUUGUUCGCUGAAAUUGGAUUCGAGAUGGAGGAUCAUUUCUCGUAUCAUUUCGCGCCGCCGACCUUGGAUGCGCAUAAGAUGGAUCCUGAUCAUUUGUAUUUUAUCGUUCGUCGAAGAUGCUGA